UCAAUUGUUGAUAUCAUGGGAGGCAAAGCCUCUAUUCCUAGCCAACAUAAUCAUCUUUCCAGUCAAUCCUACGAUUUCGCUCCAGCAAAGUUUCGUUAUAAUCGACCAGAAUUCUUACGCUUAACAGAAGAAGAUUUACAAAAAUCUAAAGAUCGUACUUGUCGUGAAAUAAUAUCACCUAGUUAUCAGUUACCGCGCUUUACAGGAUUCGCUGAAUGCAUUAAUUCUGGUAAAAGUCAUUUAAAUGAAGAUCAAGCUGCCGUCGGUAUUUACAUGCUUCGUCUGCAGACAUCCUUGAAAUUACAAUCGUUAAGUAACAAAAAUGUAAUGAAACUUGUUUAUGACACAUUGUAUAAUUAUGAUAUCCUUGCAAUGAAAGCAUAUAAUACUUCUCUGUCUCGAAUCUUACCCUAUCAAUAUUUUGCAAUCUUUGAUGGCCAUGGUGGCACCGAGGCGGCGAUUUACGCUGCAAAUUCACUCCAUUUAAUAAUUUAUCAAAAAUUAACAGAAGCUCAUAAUUUCUAUGCAACACUACCAUCCAUUAAUUCUGAAUUAUCUACUGUAAAAUUGGAAGCAUUGAUUAUAGGAGCAAUAGAAGAAGCUUUUCGAGAGCUGGAUCAACAAAUUGGCAAUGAGCGGCAGUCUUGCUCUAUCAGUGGCGGCUGCACUGCCAUAAUGGCACUCUAUUUUGAAAAGCAUUUGUAUGUAGCUAAUGCAGGCGAUUGCAGGGCGCUAAUAAUAAAACAAGGCAUUAUGGAACAACUAUCAACGGACUUUAAUCCUAUAACAGAUAGACAGCGAUUACAAUAUUUAGCAUAUCUACAACCAGAACUACUUCAUGCCUAUUACAACAGAUUGUACUUUAAGCAACGCAUACGUAAAACUGAUGUGGGUAAACCAGUCGUAUAUAAAGAUAUGGAUAUGGUGGGCUGGGGUACAAAAAUUGCCAGUGAAGAAGAUUUCGAACUUGUUCCUAUGAUACGAGGAGGCGGAAAGCAGUGUCGUUUAUUAGAUAUUAUAAGCACAACCCGAGGAUUUGGUGACUUCGAUUUAAAAUGUCAAGAAGGAGGACCAUAUUUAAAGCCGUUCUUAACCUCAUGUCCCGAAGUGAAGUCACUAGCAUUGGAUCAGGAUAGCUAUGGUCCUGAUGAUAUUUUAAUUUUGGGUUGUGACGGUUUAUACGAAAGUCUAAGUAAUGAAGAAAUUGGGAAGAUAGUUCUGGAUUGUCUUCAGAAAUGUGGUAGAGAAGAUAAUUUUAGAUAUGCAAAAGCUGCGAAAACCUUAGUCGAAACUUGUCGAGGAAUGUAUGAUGGCCGUCAUUGGAUGAAAAAUGAUGUAGAAUUAGCUUCUCAAGAUGACAUUUCCGCCUUCAUAAUUCCGUUA